AAACAAAGGAGCUCCUGUACGUCUAGGGCAAAAUAGCUCAAGCCCAAAAAUGUCCGUCCCUAAUCUAAAGCAAAGAGCCGCAGCCCCCAAUCGACAGAGUCACAGAGACGACAUCCGUUCCGACGCAUAGAGACUGAAUCGCCGCUCCACGCUCGCUCGCUACAGUGCUCCGCCGUCUGGUGCUCACCGUCUGCUUCUUCUCUCCAGCCUUGACGACUCCAAUCUGCUUCUGCUCGUCCACGCUGGCUGCUCGUCUGCUAUGCCAAGGACCAUCUUCUCCUGGAAAGGAUAUUGAUGUGUUCUUAAGGCCUUUGAUUGAUGAGUUACAAGAAUUGUGGUCUGAAGGGAUUGUUGUACAUGAUGGAGCUACAAACACUAGGUUUCAAAUGCGCGCUGCUCUACUCAUGACUAUCAGUGACUUUCCUGCUCGUAGUAGUUUGUCCGGUUGGAGUGGACAAGGAUAUUAUGCGUGCCCUACAUGCAAUGUUGAUACUCCUUCCAUGCGUAUCACAAGUAAAACAUGUUAUGUUGGGCAUCGAUCGUGGCUACCAAUUGACCAUGUAUUGAGGAAGAAUAAAAAGUUCAAUGGGCGCAUUGAGAAAAGCACUCCUCCAAAACGAAAAUCCACUCAGGAUAUAUUGGAGCAGUUACGAAAUGUUCCUACAAGGGCUCCCGGAAAGCAUGAAGAUUAUGGUGGGAAGAAGCGCAAACGUAAACGAAGACCACAUGAGUCGAACUGGACCAAGAAAAGCAUCUUCUGGGAAUUGCCUUAUUGGUCUUCUUUGUCAUUGCGUCAUAACUUAGAUGUUAUGCAUAUAGAGAAAAAUGUUUGUGAAAGCUUACUAGGUACAAUCUUGAGCAUUGAUCGAAAGAGCAAGGACACGGAUAAAGCAAGACUUGAUAUGGCGAAUUUGGGAGUUCGAGAAGAGUUACACUUGUUUAAAGAUGGUGACCAGUUAAUGAAACCACAUGCAGCAUACACGUUGAGCCCCAUCGAUUGUACAAAAUUCUGUGAGUUCUUAAAACAUGUGCGGUUUCCGGACGGCUUUGCUUCAAACUUGGGGAAGAAUGUGAUAGGUGGGAAUAGUAAGAUUUCAGGUCUUAAAUCACACGAUUGUCAUGUUAUUAUGCAGCGGUUAUUGCCUAUUGGUAUUCGACCGUUCAUGAAGAAAGAGAUAGUUGACGCUAUCACUGAGUUGUGCAAUUUCUUUCAGUUGAUAUGUUCAAGGAAACUGAAGGUGAGUGAUUUGAAACACGCUCAGAAAGACAUUGUUGUUAUAUUGUGCAAAUUAGAGACAAUAUUUCCACCUGCUUUCUUUGAUAUCAUGGUCCAUGCUGUGAUGCACUUACCGGAGGAAGCCAUUCGAGGAGGGCCUGUUCAUCUAAGAUGGAUGUAUGCGAUUGAACGAUUUCUUGGCUCUUUGAAGAAGUAUGUUAGGAAUCGUGCACAUCCAGAAGGAUCUAUUGCAGAGGCUUACAUUGCGAAUGAAGCAUUGACAUUCUGCUCAAUGUAUUUAAGUGACAUUGAGACAAGAUUCAACAGAUUGGAGAGGAAUUGGAUUGAUAGUGAUGUUCACAAUGCAGGAAGUUUGUCUAUCUUCCAAUCUCGAUGUCGUCCAAUUGGAAAAAUGUCUCCAAUAACUUUGGACUACAAUAUGCGGAAUAAAGCAGAGUGGUACAUCUUACAAAAUUGCUCGGAAGUCCAACGAUAUAUUGAUGAACACAAAGAAAUGAUCAGCCAGCGAAAUGCCAUUGGUUCUUUGGAUGAAGUUCAACUUAGGGAGUUUCCCAUUUGGUUUCAAAGAAAGAUGUUUGAGCUCCAAGAAUGUUCAACAUUGGAAGUGAACAAACAAUUGGUUUAUCUUGAUUUUCGCUCAAGCCCAACCUUCAAAAGUUAUCCUGGAUGCAUAGUUAAUGGAGUUAAGUUUUUGACUCAACGUCGAGAUAUGAACCGAUCUACUCAAAACAGUGGAGUUUCUGUGAGGGGGUCAGAUGAUCAAGUCUUUUAUGGACAAUUAGAGGACAUUUAUGAAUUGUCUUAUGGAGGCAACAACUCUAUUGUUCUCUUCAAAUGUAAAUGGUACAACACAAGCUUAGACCGACGUGGGCAACGAAGGGGAAUCAAAGAGUAUAAAAAUAAGAUGAGCAUAUGUAUCAAGGAUGUUUGGUAUGAAAAUGAGCCUUUUAUUCUUGCAUCUCAAGCAGAGCAAGUGUUUUAUGUUGAGGACCUUUACAAUGGUCCACAAUGGAGAGUUAUUGAGCAUUUUGGGCAUAGACACAUUUGGGACCUCCCCCCAAAUCAAGAAGAUGAUAUGUGUGUUGUCCAAGAUGUUAAAUCUUCUGGAGUUGAAUUGAUUGUUGAACUACCAAACUUAGACUCUAUGUUAUGUAAUGAAUCAAGUGUUUCUCCAAAUGUUGUUUCAUCUGAUGUGAGAGUUUUGUAUGAGAAAAUGCAAGAUGGUUCUCUUAACAAUGAAGAAGAUGAAGCUCCAGAUGAUUAUAAUGAAGAGAGUGAAAGUGAGUCUCUAAGUUGUGGUAGUGGUGAUGAUGCUGACGAUGGCAACAAUUAUGAUGAUGAUGAUGAGAGCCUGACAUAUAUUAGUAGUGAUGAUGAUUCUAUAUGAUAUGUACUUUACUUAUUAUUUGCAUGUACGGUAUUUAUUUAGAUGUUUUUGUGGACAAAUGACUUGAUCCUAUACUUUUGUGUUGAAGACUUGGAUGUUUUAACUUUUUUAUUUCCUCCAGUGGUAGUAUGGUAUAGAAUUGAACGUAAAUUGUAUUUUUUAUACAUAUGCGCAUAUAUAGGUGUAUUUCAUGGCAGGAUCCGUAGCUACAUGUGCGGGUUCAAGUGGAGGAGCACAACCUCCACCAGGUCCUGGUAGAAGAUUACCCCGUUCGUGUGAGUCAGCAUCAGAAACACGUAGAAGUGAGAAAGCAAAGCGAAAAGGGAGAGGAUUAGCGAAGGGAAACAACAUCAUAAAUGAUGUAGCUAAACACGGAAAGAUCAAGAUUAGUUUUGAUUCACUAAGGAAAACAUGGAAAGCAGUAGGGCCGAAAGCUUUUUGGUGGUCAAGUGCAAUUGGGAUACACACACGAGACUGUUGCGAGCCAUUCCACGAUAGGUGGGAUGAUGUUCCUGCUUGUCAAAAAGCAAUGAUCCGCCAGCGGAUGCUGGAUUGGUUUGAGUUUGAGAAUGAGCGUGAAUUUGAUGAAGUGCUGAAUCGUGAUGCUCGAGAGUCUUACAAUGAUUGGAAAAGUGAUUUAUCUGUGUACUUUAAGAACAAUGGAGGUAUGCAAGCUAAGAAACCUGUAAAUGUACGGAGUGAUGACCAUUGGCAGAGGUGUUGUGAGAGAUUCAAUUCAACAAAGUUCAAGGAGAUCUCUGGAAAAAAUUUACAAAAUAGAGAAGCAAGUGAUGAUAAAAGUGGGCAUGGAAGAAAAUCAUAUGCCCAGUACAUGCACGAAAAAGAUAAUCUGAUAACUGGUGAGCAGUCUUCGGCUCUUGAGAAUUGGAAGGAUCAACGCUUGACUCGUAGUGGUGAAUGGAGGACUAAAGAAGCACAUGACAAAUAUGUCAGAAUGAGCGAGGAGUACUAGACACAAUUAGAACAAGCAGGGUCAUCUUCAUCAAUAAAUGAAAUUGAGAUCAUGAACCGAAACUUGAAGAAUCAUCGAGGACGACAAAGUGGAGUAGGUCCUACACUGUCAAAGGGUGCAUCUCGUCGCUUGGAAGAUGGUGCUACUUCCACAUUGCAAGAUCACCGUGAUGCUCAGAUAAGUGAAUUGCGGGCAAAUCAAGAAUUGAUACUCAGUGCUCUACGACAUUUUAUUCCCGGCUUUCAGUUGCCUUCACACGCCUCUGGAAGAGACGUUCCUUCGAUGUCCAGUGCGAAUCAACCUGAUGAGAGCCACAAUGAUGAUGAUGAUCAGAAUUAGUGAUAGCAUGUUCAAUAUGCGUUCUAAUUUGUUAUGGUGGAUGAGUUUAUGUUUGUUUAAAUUAUGACUUUGUUUGACAAGAAUUACUUUAAUUUUGACAUUAAUUUAAUAGUAUUAGACAUUUAACGAAUUGAUAUGUUGGGAA